AUUUGAAAUUGCCGCACGUCGACCAUUGUGGAGUCGAGAGUAGAUGAAGUUCAAGUGUUGACCACUUGACCCGUCCGAUUGACGAGUAUGCGCACUUCGCAAAUAUUCCUCGGUGGGUAGUGUCAACAUGGUGUCAACAAUGUUCAGAUGCGAUGUGAAGAGUGAAAGAAGAGGUUUCUGUUGCCGGUGAGAAGCCGUUGAAAUUUAAUCGGUAAACCACUGAACAGCACUCGGGGAUUAUACAUGUGUGUCAAAUCAUCCACUCAUUCAGGCUUUCUGCGACGUGAAUCCUCCAAUAUUUGCUAUGAAAAGUAUAAUGCCAAAUUCUUCUGCAGUAAUCGUGAAUCCAAGCAAUGCAGAUAAUCAUUGCGAAAAAGAUGCCUUAACCAAUAUGUUUGGAUGGUUUCUGCAGGUCCUGUUAGCAUCUCUCGCCUUCACAUGUUUGAUCCUGAAGAGAUUUUGUGAACCCCGAUAUGAGAGAAGACCUUGGCUUAUCUGGUUUUACGAUACUAGCAAGCAAGGUCUUGGGGCACUCGUUAUUCAUCUAGCUAACAUCUACUUGGCUAGUCAUUUUCAAGGAGAUCCGUGCACUUGGUACAUAAUCAACUUUUUGUUGGACUCCUCCAUUGGGUUACUCAUACUCUGGGUAGGAAUAAGAUUAUCACAGUAUUUAGCUCGUGCUAAACAAUGGGAGGCUAUAAACUUUGGAGAGUAUGGAAAACCUCCAUCGAUUAAUGCUUGGUUAGCUCAAUGCGUCCUGUAUGUGCUCUUAAUGAUAGUGGUAAAAAUUUGCAUCACCCUCCUGAUUCAAUUCGACUUUUGGGAUCAAGUCAAAGUCCUGAUUCUGGCUCCUAUCACAAAUGCCAGGGUUGAAGCAGUCAUCGUUAUGCUCAUAAUCCCUUUUUUCAUCAAUGCACUGAUGUUUUGGGUGACGGAUAACUUUUUGAUGCGGAAGACUAAGCGUGUACAAACGGCCAAAGACCAAUCUUUGCUGCAGCGAGUUAAAAUACGAUACAGAAAGAUUCGUAAAGAUAAACGAGAAGAAUCAGAAUCCGAUACUUUGUUGUCGGCAGAUGAGGAACUCCUCGGAGCUAACGAUGUUUCUCACCGUCUUACCGUGACUACGCAGUACAAUGUAUGAAGAGUCUUACUCAUGUCAUUAUCUUCAUCUCUCACCAGAUAAGGUUCACUCAUCUUGGUGGCCGAUCAUUGCAAGUGCUCCAAUAUCAGAUAAGAACAAAAUGAAUUUCAAAAUGUUUCCCAUAACCAGUUCUAAAUACGUUCGGUUUUGAACGUUUGGUAGCAACAAUAGACUGAUUUUCAGGAAUACUCAGAUUCUCCAAUACUAGCUGUAAUGCUCAUCGACUCACACACUUACCUAUAGACUGAGAACCCUGGAAUAGAGAUUAGCUCAUGUGAACUUGUCUGUUCCUUCGUUGAUGACUGAACGAAGUGUUCAAUCAUUUUGGUAAGUUAUGUUACACCAUGACAGCCACGAUUUGCUUAGACAACAGACCAAAAAUGAAUGUUGGGACAAGGAACCGUACAAUAAUGAGAUAUUAGUAAUUAUAUUUUUAACAUUGUACUGCAACAAUAAUACGGUUCCGAUGUUAUAUUUUCAAUAUGGUCUAUCGGUUGGUACACUUAGCAUGGUAUUUAUCGAGAGAAUGAUUUGAAAGGAAUUUGUCGCAUAUCACGUCAAGACAAAAUAUCAGUGAUAAUAUAAUUAACAGAACAGCAACAACAACUAUAAUCUAAUAAAAAAAAUAAAAACAA